UGAAUACACAGGUUGAAUUUAAAAUCUACAUCCCUUUGAUAAUUCAACCUGUGUGUUUUGCACUCCGGUUGAAUUUUAUCGAAUUGGUAUCUUGUAGAAACCAUACCCACUGAGAAGAAUUCCUGGUGCGUUGUCUCCAAAUGCUGCAUUGCCUACACAACCCACAGACGGGUAGAAUAUCAUUGCGAAUGCUACACCAAUAGUUGUUGCCUUUUACAUGGUUUUGUUCUCUGCAUGUGGAGAUUUGAUGGUGUCCUGUACAAGUACAGAAUUUUUAAAAAUGUCAUGGUUUUGUACUGGUGGUUAACCGAUCAAAUGUUGUUCAAGGGGCAAGAAAACGAGCAAAUAAUUGCCUGUAUUUCUAUUAUAACCAUGGAGAAGGAAUAAGCAAAUGCAAUAUUUCCCAGAGCUUGAAACACAUUCCAGGUUUUAUUUGCAUCGUGGAAUACAUCUCUGAUUCCAACUCGUUUCAGGCAACCAUAAUCGUCCAAAUAGAUCGAAUCUUUUGGCACGACUUAGCUAACGAGCACGACGUUCGGUUUCUCAAUAAAAGAGCAAUUUUGUGUUUAUAAGCGGAAUCUCUCAGCGGAAUCUCUCAUCUGCAAGCCGCGCCAUUUCACUCUCCGACAGGUAUGGAGAGAGAAGCUACUCUAGUAGAAAGUCUAAGCAAAGUUUGUUCCAGUGGCCUGCCUUUUGCAUCUCUAAAACCUUCAUUAAGGACAGAUGAAUCUGUGGUGGUCCAGGAUGUUUUACAAAUGAUGCAAGGAUUUUCUAGUACUUGGUUUUACUGGGAUGGCAUGGGACAGAAAUUUUGUGUCAACAAGGGGAUGCAUGUCUCUCAUUUAUCUCAGUCAAGUCUCAGUUGUGUUCUUUACAGGUUCAUGCAUGCAGCAACAUGCUUACGACGUAUAGAAGCUUUUGUGAAGCAGGUUGAAGCAUGUUCAUGCAAUGGCCUUCCAAAUUCACAAACUGAACCUUCCCCUACACUGCAGGCUUUUGCAAAUGCUGUAUCAGCAAGGCUUAAGUGUUUGCGAGAGUUUUCUAUAGAAAAAGAGUUGGAGUGUUCAGGUACUGCAGCUGGAACAACAGUAACACUCUUGAGCAUGGUGGAUAGUUUAUCACGGGUUUGUGCAGGGGCAGAAUUUCUGCUGCAAGUUGUUAUUGGUGUGAUUCCUCAUUGUCAAUUAAAAAAUGAAAUGGCAGCUGGGGAACUGGCAACACACAUUCUUGAUCACCUCUAUGAAAAACUGAAUGAAUUUUGUUUGGUUGAAGAUGGGGAGGAGGAACCUUAUCACACAUUAUUACUAUUGUUCAUAUGCAGUUUGCGCCCAUUGACCGAGUCCUUGGAUUCUUGGCUGCAUGAAGGCACUCUGAGUGAUCCUUUUGGCGAGUUGUUCUUUUAUGCCAAUAAUGCAAUUGCUGUUGCGGAUUCAGCAUUUUGGGAAAAAGGCUAUUUUCUACGCCAACAGGGGACUGCAAUGAAUGAUCCUAGUCUUAAUGCAACCACUUGUGCAUCAGUGAAGGAUGAAAAGAGAGGAGCGGAUAAAUAUUUAUCUUUAGGUUCAUCGAGAGACAAACAGUCACCUAAACUUAAGAAUGGAAAUCAGGGUAACAAUGAACAAGUUCCUAUUUGUCCAAUUUUUAUACAACCUAUUGCCAAGGCAAUUGUAUCAGCUGGGAAAUCACUACAGCUUCUGCGUCAUGUACAGAGAGAUCAUGUUGAAGCAUAUGAGAAGAAUUCUCUUGGCAACCAUGAAAAAUCUCUCUCCUCCUCAACCAGGUUGCCAAUAUUUCCUCAACUUCUCCACAGAAAGGUUGCAGCAGAUAUAGGGCCUCAACAACAUGCUUUGAUCUGUAACAAGAUGUCUGAUGUUGAGCAGAGUGUUUCAGACAAAAGUGAUAGAAAGUUAUCACUAUUUGAGAACUUCUCUAUGAAUCUACUGAGGCUUUUGGGAUAUGGUUUUAGUAUAUCAGAAGAUUACUCUUUUGGAUUGGAACCAUUAACAUUUUCAGGACAGGUUUUGGGAUCUUUGACAUCAAAAAAGGAUUCACUAGUUAGAAGUGAAGAUGAACAAUGUAAAUUGAGCAGGCAGAAGGAAAAUAGGUGUUACUUCCCUUUUGAUAUCACUGCUGAGAAAUUUCAAAAGUUAAAUAUGGGGAUGAAUGGUGAUAUUUUGAAAUGCUGUAAACAAGGCUUAAGUCUGUUACCCGUUGUCAAAAAUGUGAAUGAGCUUUCAGAGUUUCCUCAUAAAAACAGGUUGGAUGAUCCUUUGCAAUCAUUAGAUAUCAACUGGUCAGAAUCAAAUAUAUUAGUGAGACCCAACAAGGCAGACUUUUCAAUGUCUGCAAGGGAACUUAACCAGCUGAAUGAAUUCUGGAAUAUUGAGUUGAAUUUGUCAAAGUGUUUCUUACUACCUUCAUUAAAUGAUGAUUCUCUACGUGAGGCCAUUUAUAAUGAAGAUUAUAGAAAAAAAGAUAAAGAUUCAGAGUUAGGUGAGGAUGGCACAUAUGAUAGUUAUGAUAUGGAUGAUAUUAGCUUGACACAGAUGAAUUUUAGUGGUUGUGGAGAAAGCAUUCCUGACCCCAGUUCGAUUUCUUUCACCGGUACAAAUUAUGCACAUGGGUUUGGUUUUGGUAAACCAGUAAUACACCAUAUGAAAGCAGAUUCAAAAGCCUUACAGAUGUUAUAUCCAUAUCCAACACUUCUUCCCAGACUCCAGGAAAAAUUUCAUGUAUCGGAGUUAUUGCCAUUUCAGCAAAAUAGUAGGCUAGCAUCAAGAGUUCUGGAUUGGCUUCAACAUGUAAAACUGAAAGCCACGCCACAACCCACAGUGCUGGUGCAAGAAUGCCUAAUUACUUUUCUUAAAAAGCAGGUAGAUUGUGUGGGUCAGCAAAUUUUGUCAAAAUUGAUGGAUGAAUGGAGACUGAUGGAUGAAUUUGCUGUUUUACGAGCUAUUUAUCUGUUUGGAUCUGGUGAUCUGCUGCAGCAGUUUUGUACAGUGCUUUUCAACAAGCUGGAUAGAGGGGAGCCUUGGGAUGAUCUCUAUGAACUAAAUACUAUGCUGCAGGAUUCAAUUCGAAGCUCUGCAGAUGGUAUGCUUCUACCUUCUUUGGAUUCUUUGGUGGUGACUAUCAUUCCAAUGUUAAUGGAACAAGGAUUUGGUACUGCUGCCCUCCAAUACAAGGGACGGACCACUGGCUUUGACAUUGAUAUUCUUGAUUCAUUACAAUUGACAUACAAGGUGACAUGGCCUCUUGAACUCAUUGCCGAUGAAAAUGCCAUUAAUAAAUACAACCAGGUGAUGGCAUUUCUUUUGAAGGUGAAGCGUGCAAAAUUUGUUCUUGACAAAACCCGUACAUGGAUGUGGAAGAGCGGAAGUAAUGAUACACACAGCAACAAGCAGCAUCUGCUACUGCAACAGAAGCUUUUGCAUUUUGUAAAUACAUUUCAUCAGUAUGUCAUGGAUCGGGUUUUGUACAGUGCAUGGAUUGAACUUUGUGAAGGUAUGGCAUCUGCUGGUUCUCUUGAUGAGGUUAUAGCAUGCCAUGAAGCUUAUUUGGUCUCCAUCCAAAGACAGUGCUUUAUUGCCCCAGACAAACUGUGGGCUCUCAUUGCAAGUCGAGUUAGGACUAUUCUUUCAUUGGCUCUGGAUUUCUAUUCCAUACAGAAUACUUUGUAUAAUGGAGGUGCUGCUGCUGGUAUAAAGGCAAGGUGCCAAAUGGAAGUUGAUCGUGUUGGCCAGCAGUUUGAUGAGUGUAUCUUAUUUCUCUUGAGGGUACUCUCAUUUAAACUGAAUGUUGGAAAAUUUCCUCAUUUGGAAGACUUGGUAGGUCGAAUCAAUUACAAUUAUUUUUAUAUGUCUGAGGGUGGUCAUGUGUCAGCUAUUCAGCCUGAAACCAACUGCUCUAAAGGUUCUCAGCCACCCAAAACACAUUUGUACAACAAAAAUUAACCUAUAUGAUUGUAAAGAAAGCAUAAUUAGUAAAUUCCAUGUGUCAAAAUUGUUUAUGAUCUACAUCCUGUUGAUUAUGCCCCAGUGUUUUGUCUAUGCCUAUGGUGUUAGGUUGAAAAUUGUCAUGUCUAGUGAUCAGAGUAAUAGUUCCUAGCGUGUAGGUCUUGCUUAUGCAAAACCAUAUGCAUGGUGUAUCAUGUCACAGAGUUAAUGUUGGCAUCUUUAGAGGAGGGGUUUCCUGUGGGAAAAUUUGAUUAAAAUAUUCAUUAUGAUCAUCUUCUGAGUUCUUAGAAAUAGUAUUCGAUCCUAUUAUGCUAUAUAGAUAUAUUGUUGCUGUCUA